AUGUGUCUUCCUCUCUCCUCCUCCUCUCCAGGCUUCCACGUGAUCCCUUCAGUGUCCAGCAUCGUUCCGGAGAGCUGCCUGCUCAUCGUGGUGGGCCUUCUGGUUGGGGGGCUCAUCAAAGGGGUGGGUGAAAAACCCCCCAUCCUCAAAUCGGACAUCUUCUUCCUCUUCCUCCUUCCACCCAUCAUCUUGGAUGCCGGCUAUUUCCUCCCCUUACGCCAAUUCACCGAGAACCUGGGCACCAUCCUCAUCUUCGCCGUGGUGGGGACGCUCUGGAACGCCUUCUUCUUGGGUGGCCUCAUGUACGCCGUGUGCCAGCUUGGCGGCCCCGGCUUGAACCACAUCGGCCUCUUGGCCAACCUGCUCUUCGGCAGCAUCAUCUCGGCCGUGGACCCGGUGGCCGUGCUGGCCGUCUUUGAGGAGAUCCACAUCAACGAGCUGCUCCACAUCUUGGUUUUUGGGGAGAAUGUUUCACCUUCUGCUGUCACGUCUGUCCUCUACCACCUCUUUGAGGAGUUUGCCACCUUCGAGCAGGUGACCAUCAUCGAUAUCAUCCUCGGCUUCCUCAGCUUCUUCGUGGUGUCACUGGGCGGCGUCUUCGUGGGCGUCAUUUACGGGGUGAUCGCUGCCUUCACGUCCCGCUUCACCUCCCACAUCCGAGUCAUCGAGCCGCUCUUCGUCUUCCUCUACAGCUACAUGGCCUAUCUCUCCGCUGAGCUCUUCCACCUCUCCGGCAUCAUGGCGCUCAUCGCCUCCGGCGUGGUCAUGCGACCCUACGUGGAAGCCAACAUCUCCCACAAGUCCCACACCACCAUCAAGUAUUUCCUUAAGAUGUGGAGCAGCGUGAGCGAGACCCUCAUCUUCAUCUUCCUGGGCGUCUCCACCGUGGCUGGCCACCACUACUGGAACUGGACCUUCGUCAUCAGCACGUUGCUCUUCUGCCUUAUCGCGAGAGUUUUAGGCGUCCUGGUCCUCACCUGGUUCAUCAACAAGUUCCGAAUUGUGAAGCUGACACCCAAGGACCAGUUCAUCAUCGCCUACGGGGGCCUGCGAGGAGCCAUCGCCUUCUCCCUCUGUUACCUCCUGGACUACAAGCACUUUGGCAUGAGGGACAUGUUCCUCACGGCCAUCAUCACCGUCAUCUUCUUCACAGUUUUCGUGCAGGGCAUGACCAUCCGGCCCUUGGUGGACCUGCUGGCCGUGAAGAAGAAGCAAGAGACCAAGCGCUCCAUCAACGAAGAGAUCCACACGCAGUUCUUGGAUCACCUUCUGACGGGGAUCGAGGACAUCUGUGGUCACUACGGGCAUCACCACUGGAAGGACAAGCUGAAUCGCUUCAACAAGAAGUACGUGAAGAAGUGCCUGAUUGCGGGGGAGCGGUCCAAGGAGCCCCAGCUUAUCGCUUUCUAUCACAAGAUGGAGAUGAAGCAGGCGAUCGAGCUGGUGGAGAGUGGGGGCAUAGGCAAGAUCCCCUCCGCGGUCUCCACCGUCUCCAUCCAGAACAUCAACCCCAAGACCCUCCCCGUGGAGCGCAUCCUUCCAGCCCUGUCCAAGGACAAGGAGGAGGAGAUCCGCAAAAUCCUUCGCAACAACCUGCAGAAAACCAGGCAGAGGGUAGGGUGCUGGCACCGUUCGUG